UCCGCCCACGGCCCGCCCCGCUCCUCACGUGCUCGCAGACCGCAGUGCCCCCGGAGUUGCUCCGGGUUUGGCCGCUGCACCAUGACCCUGGAGGCGAUCCGCUACUCGCGGGGCUCCCUGCAGAUCCUGGACCAGCUGCUGCUGCCCCAGCAAAGCCACUACGAGGCGGUGGGCUCGGUGCGCCAAGCCUGGGAGGCCAUCCGUGCCAUGAAGGUGCGGGGCGCCCCAGCCAUCGCCCUAGUGGGCUGCCUCAGCCUCGCCGUGGAGCUGCAGACGGGCGCCGGGGGACCCGGACUCGCCGCGCUGGUGGCCUUCGUGCGCGACAAGCUGAGCUUCCUCGUCACCGCCCGGCCCACCGCUGUCAACAUGGCCCGCGCCGCCCGCGACCUGGCUGAUGCUGCAGCCCGGGAGGCCGAGCGGGAGGGCGCUACGGAGGAGGCAGUCCGGGAGAGAGUGAUCCAUUGCGCCGAGGCCAUGCUGGAGAAAGACCUCAGAGACAACCGGAGCAUCGGGGACCUCGGAGCCCGCCACCUCCUGGACCGGGUGGCCCCCAACGGUGGCAAGGUGGCUGUGCUGACCCACUGUAACACCGGUGCUCUGGCCACUGCUGGCUACGGCACAGCCCUAGGUGUGAUCCGAUCACUGCACAGCCUGGGCCGCCUGGAGCACGCCUUCUGCACCGAGACCCGGCCCUACAACCAGGGAGCCCGACUGACGGCCUUCGAGCUGGUCUAUGAGCAGAUCCCCGCCACCCUCAUUGCCGACAGCAUGGUAGCUGCCGCCAUGGCCCAUAGGGGUGUGUCAGCUGUGAUCGUGGGAGCUGACCGCGUGGUUGCCAACGGCGACACAGCCAACAAGGUGGGCACCUACCAGCUGGCCAUUGUCGCCAAGCACCAUGGCAUUCCCUUCUACGUGGCUGCCCCCACCUCUUCCUGUGACCUCCGUCUGGAGACUGGCAAGGAGAUCAUCAUUGAAGAGCGUCAGAGCCAGGAGCUGACCGAUGUUAAUGGGGUCCGGAUUGCGGCACCCGGGAUUGGAGUUUGGAAUCCUGCCUUCGAUGUCACCCCCCACGACCUCAUCACUGGCGGCAUAAUCACAGAACUGGGGGUCUUUGCCCCUGAGGAGCUCCGGGCAGCCCUAACCACCACCAUCUCUUCCAGGGAUGGGACCCAGAUGGACCCCAGAUGUAACCAACUCAGCCCUCCCUAGCCUGCCUGUCUAGGAUUUUUAAUAAAUUUCUUGAAUGGCUGCCCAAAA